AUGAAUGUCUCUACCCUGUCUUCUGUUUUUCAUAUUCUUAAAACUGAGAAAGUUAGUUGUGGUUUAAUACAUCAUGAUUUUCAAGAUUAUGUUCAGAAACUGGUAGAUUUCGCAAUCGGUAUUGGUUCACAAACAAUGUACAUCGGUUUUGGUGUCAUCGGGGGUCUUCUGUACGGUUCUCGCGGCACUUUUUCGGGAAUCCUUGUUGGAAGUGUCUUGGGAUUCUAUUAUUCAUCCGAUUACGUGGUUUGUGUUGGCCUUGAGGGCGUUUAUCGAAAUUUUACAUGUUUUAGAAUGCUUAUCAACUUAUGCCAGUUACACAAUACUAG